UCGAACUCGGCAACUCGCGGAAGUACCAACGCGGGGGUGAUAUAAUCUGUCAUAUGGGGUCGAGGAAGGCGCCGUGUCGGUUCUUUUGAGCCAACACGGACGCCUUUAAGUCGCAUCGAUAGCUCCACUUUCAAUAGACAUUUCAAAAAUAGUCUUUUUUUUAUAUCUUGUGUCAAUAAACAUCCAACUAUUUAUUUAUAGUUUAAUCAUCUUUAUUAAAAUUUGCGCUGAAACAGAAUAACAAAAUUAGUUAAAGUGAAGUGAAUGACAGUUUGACCUGGAGUCUCCGUAUAAAUGGGUCAAUUCAACUUAGCAACCGUACACUGUUUUUCUGUCAACAAUAGGAACAAAUUAUAAAUAAAUAGGGAGAUAACAUUAUAAUAAAUAUGGCGACGUGUAAAGCACCGGAAAUGACAUACACGUGUGAGAUUUGUGGCCUCGAGGGGUUUAACGAUGAAGAAAUGCGAUCUCACAUGGUCCUAUAUCAUCUUCAGGGUGCUGCCAGUUGUCCUUUUUGCGACCUGGGUGAAAUAUCUCCUGCUGAGAUGCUUGUACACGUUAAUAGUGCGCAUUUGGAUUAUUUGACUCCCAGCACUCCGGAGAAUGACAUGAUGGCGUUUAUUGACGAUGAUUCCCUAAUGGAUGACUCGAUAAAAGAAGAAGAGUCACAAGAUUUAUCGUCCUCCUCAUCUUCGCUGUUUACUCGCCCGCAUAUGCUUAACGGUUGGAGCGAGUCGUCUGCAAGGAAUGGAGAAUCUUCGAGUUGUAAUUAUAAAUCAUCCUCAUCGAAUGAUUCUCCUAAAAAUCAUUCGUCAACGUCUAAUGUCAAUAAUAUUAAUAAUAAUAAUACUCCAGCUAGUAGCAUUAAUGGUGAACACUCAGCAGGACACGGUUCACCACUUCGUACGAGCUUAAAUUUACAAUUACGUUCAUACGCGACGCCAAAGCCCCGUGUUCAGGAGUGUCCGAUGUGUCCAUUUAGUUCCGACAAUCCCUCAAAACUAGAAGAGCAUAUUAACCGACAGCACUUUGAUCUCACUUCACCAUCAUUUCCUCCAGAGUCACCGCCUACUCGUGAUGGCUCAUACAAUUGUCCUCUGUGUGUAACAUCGUUUCCCAACCCAUCAGACCUUGAAUUGCAUGUCAACAUAGAGCACAAAGAUAUUCUCAGUCCAGCAAAAGGUACGACAUCAACCCCAGAGGUGUCAUCAAACGAGCCACCAGCAUGUCCAGUGUGUCUGAGCACGUCUUUCCGCACAAACGAAGAGCUAACCGUCCACAUAGAAGAGCACUUUGCAAAGAAAAGCAGCACACCCUCGCCGAUAGACGUCGCAGACAGUUCUCUGACAUCAAGCGACCGGAUGCUGGCCCGGGACAUGGAACGCCGGGAGAAGGAGGUUAGAAAACUGCGAGAGCAAAGGGAAUUUGAGAUGCUCCGAGCUCAGUACGGAAUGGACAAUCAGGGGAACUUCCGGGAGCAAAGUGUAACAAACAUGCAGCGCGCGGUCUACGCUGGAGAGAUGACUGUUGCUGAUUACUACGAGCGGCAGAUAGAGCUGAAAGCUGCGGAGAACAACGGGAUUGAUGACGGGAGUUCGUGCACCCGCGGACUGGUUUCGCGCGUACGAGCAGUCUCCCAAGCUUGCCACAACGUUAUCAACACCUGGAUGUGUUCAACAGUGGACCACUAUGCCUCUACCUACGGAGACAAGGGCUGGGGCUGCGGGUACAGAAAUACCCAGAUGCUGAUUUCUUCCCUGCUGCAGCACACUGGCUUCAACGAGCUGGUGUACCGCGCCUGGAGCUCAGUAGCCGCCGGUUCUACGGCAAAUCCUAUGCGCAGCUCCAUGCCCUCGAUAUCGAGGCUCCAGAGGAUGAUUGAGUGGGCCUGGUCGCUCGGCUUCGACGUUCAAGGUGCUGAGCAGCUUGGAGGAAAGCUCGUCAACACCAGAAAGUGGAUCGGAGCCACUGAAGUCGUCACGUUGCUGUCCAGUCUCAGGAUACGCUGCCAGCUCGUGGACUUUCAUCGGCCAACUUCUCCUGAUGGAAGCCACCCGGAGAUGUUCCAGUGGGUUCUUCAGUACUUUCAGAGGAAUGACGAGUUCAAGCCACCGCUAUAUCUUCAGCACCAGGGACACAGCAGGACUAUCAUGGGGGUUGAACAAUUGAGAGAUGGCUCUAUUACUAUGCUCGUCCUGGAUCCUAGUCACACUCCCGUCCAGAUGGGACAGUUUAAUAGCACGAGCAGUGCGCCUGGUGCUAUGCGGUUGAUCAGGAAGUCUACCGCUGCCAUGAAGGCUAGACAGUAUCAGAUUGUUGCUGUCGUUGGAACUAUGGAAAAUGAAUCUCGCUAUCAGAUGAGUAAAGUACUGAGAACAACACGAAUCCCCCAAGAUAGGUGAGAAUUAGCAGAAAUUAUCAAAAUAAUUACUAUUAUGAUAAUUAUUUUUACUGGAAGGAUUUAUAAAUUUCAAUUUUUUAUUGUAAGAACGCAUUCGUUAAUUGAUCAAUUAAUCUAGACCAUUGAUUAAUUAACAAAUAAUGCUAUCACUUCUGUCCAUUUAUAUAAAAAAGCUACUGCUCAAUGUUAUAAUUUUUUAAAUUCGUAUUAUAGGUUUUUAUUAUCAUCACUGAUGCUGGACUUCGUGAAUUUUUUUUAACAAAUUGACUCUUUUUUUUUAAUUUUAUUUUUAUUUCUUCUGAUUCUUUAUCAACUUUUUAUCAUUAGGAAUCAAUUGACAGUCAGUAUUUUAUGGUUAAUUAAGUAAUAGUAACUGGUAAAUAAUAAAAAUAAAUAUUAGUCAAUAAUUAUGUCAAUCCAGUGUUUGUCACUAAUUUUAGUCUCAGGUUUACAAAAAUUUAAAUGCUGAUAUUUCAAUGCAUAAUAAAUCGUGUCUCUAAUAUUAAACAAUUAGUAUUGAGUUGAUGAAUUUAUAAAUAAUUUUUGUUAGUUUAAUUUAAGAUAAUUCUGUGAAUUAAUUGUCAAAAAAUGAGAGCAAAAAAAAAC